GAGGAUGUGGCGCUCUCCGCUCGUGCGCUCGCUAAGCAGGCGCAGCGCGCGGGCCUACUCCGUGGCGUCGGAUGCCUCGCGUGUAGCGUCUUCUGCUCCGUCGUUCGGUAUCGCGUUUGACAUCGACGGCGUCUUGAUUCGCGGUGGCCACGAGCUCCUGAAGGCCAAGCGCGUGCUGCAAAGUCUGCGUGAGAAAAGUGUGCCGCACAUUUUCCUGACCAACGGCGGUGGCUGCAUGGAGGAGGAGAAGGCCAAGAACUUGAGCAAGGUGCUGGACCUGCCCAUCAACCCGGAGCACAUGAUCCUCUCGCACACGCCCAUGCGCGAGAUCGCCGAGACCUAUGGAGACAAGCGGGUGUUGAUUUUGGGCUCGUACGACGUCUGGAAUGUGGCGAAAUGCUACGGGUUUAAGAAGGUUGUGCGUGUGGAGGACCUGCUGCACCACCACCCAAUGCAGUAUCCGUUCAACCACUACGAACAGAGGCUUGCUCCGCGUCAUGAGGAGCCCAUCGAGGCUAUCAUCGUGAUGCACGACCCGACUAACUGGGCCCCGGAGAUCCAGGUUGCCGUCGACGUGCUCAUCGGAGGCGACCCGCCUGGAAGUGGAAACCCUUCGGGAAAGCAGACGCCGCUCUUCGUGAGCAACGAUGACUUCAUCUUCAGUGGUGCAUACCCAUUUCCUCGCUUCGCACAAGGAGCGUUCACGAGGUGCUUGAAGCUGCUGUAUGAAGACCUCACCGGGCGCACGCUCGAACUUACCAACUACGGCAAGCCUCACACCGUCACGUACAACUACGCGGAACGCCUCCUCAAUUCCAUCUCCGGGCAAUCGCAGCCGCUCAAGCACAUGUAUGGCAUCGGCGACAACCCGCUGUCAGACAUUCAGGGCGCCAACAACGCCGGAGACGAGUGGACUUCUGUGCUCGUCCGCACGGGUAUCUACGACGGUUCCAAGGAUCCCGAACACAAGCCUGAUGUGACUGUCGACGGCGUCUACGAGGCCAUCAAGCACAUUUACAAGCGCGAAGGCAUCAACGACUCCAGCCUGUAA